GAAUGUACACUUACCCUUCUCUGCUGGGCGGUGUUUGAGUCUUAGAUUAGCCAAGUAAGAAGAGACAUCAUGGUGACUCUGACUGCCACUGUAACUGUGCCCUAUGAAGUCAGGAAUGCAUUUCUGUUCUUUUCAGUCCUGGAGUUUGCAGUAGGGAUCCUGGUCAAUGCCUUCAUUUUCUUGAUGAAUUUUUGGGUCGUGGUGAGGAGGUGGCCACUGAGCAACUGUGAUCUUGUCCUGCUGAAUCUCAGCCUCACCUGGCUUUUCCUGCACGGGCUGCUCUUUCUGGAUGCCAUCCAGCUUACCCACUUCCAGUGGAUAGAAGACCCGCUGGGCCUCUGCUACCAGACCAUCCUCAUGCUCUGGAUGCUCGUAUAUCAAGCUGGCCUCUGGCUCACCACUUGCCUUAGUCUCCUCUACUGCUCCAGGACUGUCCAUUUCUUUCACACCUUCCUCCUCCGCUUGGCAAGCUGGAUCUCCAGGAAGAUCCCCCAGAUGCUCCUGGGUGCUACUCUUUCCUCCUGUGUCUGCACUGUUCUCUAUUUGUGGGACUUUUUCAAUAGAUCUCACUUCUCAGUUGCAACCAUGCUACUCAUGAAUAACAAUACUCAAUAGAAACUGAGAAAACUCAAUUUCUAUCAUUCCUUCCUCUUCUGCAGCCUGGGGUCCACCCCUUCUUUCUUGCUUUUUCUGGUUUCUUCUGGGGUGCUGAUUGUCUCCCUGGGGAGGCACAUGAGGACAAGGAGGGCCAAAACCAGAGACUCUCGGGACCCCAGCCUGGAGGCCCACAUCAAAGCACUGGGUCUCGUCUCUUUCUUCUACCUGUAUAUGGUAUCCUUCUGCGCUGGCUUCAUCUCGGUGCCUUUGCUGAUGCUGUGGCACAACAAGAUCGGGGUCAUGGUCUGUGCAGGGAUACUGGCAGCCUGCCCCUCGGGGCACACAGUCAUCCUGAUCUCAGGCAAUGCCAAGCUGAAGAGAGCCGUGGAGACCAUUCUGCUCCGGGCUCAGAGCAGCCUAAAGGUAAGGGCGGACCGCAAGGCAGAUCCCAGGAUGCCAGAUCUAUGUUGA